UGUGAAUCGUACGGCUCUUUCUCUCUCUAAAGUCCAAAUUACAGGCACAGUUCUUUCGAUUUUCUAAUUGGGUCUAUGUGUUCUUAAAAUCUUUUCCCUUGCUUCUUGUUGUUAAUCUAAUGUAACUUGCAUUUAAUGUCCUUCCUCGUUGUCGUCAUCAGAUAUUGCGUCUUCAUGAUUUCUUUUGCUCUUAUUAGAAGUAAACAGCAGGUUCUCUGUGACCCUGGUUGAAACAGGAGCAGUUUUAUCUCCAAAUUGAGGAAGGGAAAGGGAUUGAUUUUUUUACCUAAAUCCCCUUUGUGAGGCCUGUAUGAAACUUGUUUGAGUUAGCUGGUUCUCUCCGUUUUAUUGUUGAAGAUGCAAGUCAAGUAAUGAGCAGAGAAAUCCCAUUUCUUACCAAAGCCUAUUCUCCAUUUCCAGUUGCUGGACGGAUCAAACCAGGGUUGAAGAAACAAAAACUCUUACAGUGUUCCUUUUGUAAGCACAAUCACUUCUCGUCCUAGAUCUUUCUGAGGGCUGUAAAUCCAAUUUUUUGCUGGAAACCUAGGUCUCAGUUUUUCGGGUUCAAACCCAUUUGAUCACUGUUGUUUCUAUUUUCUCCAGAUUUCUUUGUUUGCUUUGAGAAGUAGUUUCUGGCUAAUUCACCAUCGUGUGUUGCCCAAGUUUUUUUUUUUCCCUGAAAAAUGGAUAUCAUUAAUGAAGCUAAAGUUGAUCAAUUUUUCAUCGGUCCUUCCACUAUUAUUGGUAGGACAAUUGCUUUUAGAGUUUUGUUUUGCAAGUCGUUGUCACAUGUAAGGCUGCAGAUCUUCCAUGUUCUGUGGAAUAUUGCUAGUCAAUUGAGGGGCUCUGUGAUGCCCGUGAUCUCCUGGUUCCAUCCCCGAAACCCACAAGGAAUAUUAGCAAUGAUCACAGUAAUGGCUUUCUUGUUGAAUAGAUAUACAAAUGUAAAACUGCGAGCUGAAUUGGCUUAUCGGAGGAAAUUUUGGAGGAAUAUGAUGAGAACUGCUUUGACAUAUGAGGAAUGGGCUCAUGCAGCUAAGAUGCUUGAUAAGGAGACCCCAAAGAUGAAUGAAUCAGACUUUUAUGAUGAGGAACUGGUGAGGAAUAAACUCCAAGAACUUCGGCACCGUCGCCAGGAAGGCUCUCUCAAAGAUAUAAUCUUCUGUAUGCGUGCAGAUCUAAUUAGAAAUCUAGGUAAUAUGUGCAACCCUGAGCUUCACAAGGGUAGGCUUCAGGUUCCCAAGCUCAUAAAGGAGUACAUCGGUGAAGUUUCCACUCAGUUGAGAAUGGUUUGUGACUCAAAUUAUGAGGAGCUGCUCUUAGAAGAGAAGUUAGCAUUCAUGCAUGAAACAAGACAUGCCUUUGGGAGGACCGCGUUGCUCUUGAGUGGUGGUGCAUCUCUGGGUUCUUUUCAUGUGGGUGUGGUUAAGACAUUGGUGGAGCACAAGCUUUUGCCUCGGAUAGUUGCAGGUUCUAGCGUAGGCUCCAUCAUGUGUGCUGUUGUUGCCACAAGGUCUUGGCCUGAACUUCAAAGUUUCUUUGAGGAUUCUUGGCAUUCAUUACAGUUCUUCGAUCAGAUGGGUGGGAUUUUUACAGUUGUGAAGAGAAUUAUGACACAAGGAGCUGUUCAUGAUAUAAGGCAGUUGCAGAUGUUAUUGAGACAUCUCACAAGUAACCUAACCUUCCAAGAGGCUUACGACAUGACUGGCCGUAUUCUGGGGAUUACAGUUUGCUCCCCUAGGAGGCAUGAGCCCCCAAGGUGCCUUAACUACUUGACAUCACCUCAUGUUGUUAUAUGGAGUGCAGUGACUGCUUCUUGUGCUUUCCCUGGCUUGUUUGAGGCUCAAGAACUGAUGGCAAAGGAUAGAAGUGGUGAAAUUGUUCCUUAUCACCCUCCAUUUCACUUGAGUCCUGAAGAAGGUUCUAGUGCACACACCCGCAGGUGGAGAGAUGGUAGCUUGGAAAGUGAUUUACCUAUGAUGCAGCUGAAGGAGCUCUUCAAUGUCAAUCAUUUCAUUGUCAGUCAGGCAAAUCCUCACAUCUCACCAUUUCUGAGGCUCAAGGAGCUUCUGAGAGCUUAUGGAGGCAACUUUGCUGCCAAGCUUGCUCAACUUACGGAGAUGGAGGUGAAGCAUAGAUUCAACCAGGUACUGGAACUUGGUUUUCCACUUGGGGGGCUUGCCAAGCUGUUUGCUCAAGAUUGGGAGGGUGAUGUCACCGUUGUGAUGCCAGCGACCCUUGCUCAGUACUCAAAAAUCAUUCAGAACCCAUCUUACGUGGAGCUUCAAAAGGCUGCGAACCAGGGCAGGAGGUGCACUUGGGAGAAGCUUUCUGCCAUAAAGGCUAAUUGUGGCAUUGAACUUGCAUUGGAUGAAUGUGUAGCAAUUCUCAACCACAUGCGUAGGCUCAAAAGGAGUGCUGAGAGGGCUGCUGCUUCCCAUGGAUUAAGCAGUACAGGCAAGUUUAAUGCUUCUAAAAGGAUUCCCUCAUGGAACCGCAUUGCACGAGAUAAUUCAACAGGGUCCCUUGAAGAAGAUACCCUUUCAGAUGUUAUGUUCCAUACAGGUGGGAGUGCAGGUCAGAACUUCCAUGUCCAGAGGAGCUUACAUGAUGGUAGCGAUAGUGAAUCAGACUGUGUGGACCUCAAUUCUUGGACAAGAUCUGGUGGACCCUUGAUGAGGACAACUUCAGCAAAUAAGUUCACUGACUUUAUCCAAAAUCUGGAUAUUGAUGCCGAAUUGAGCAAGUCAUGGACAAGGGAAGAAGAUGUCAAAGGUUGGGUGGUUAAUCACAACUCCAUUGUGGUUCAGACUGCAGACAGGGAUCCAUAUUAUCACAGUUCAAGGGGAACAACACCAGAUGGAAGCUCAGAGAGCACAGAAUUCGGCCAACAGGAUGUCAACAAUCAUAGACUUCCAACCACUUCUAGUAUCAUGCUCGGUGAAGGAGACUUAUUGCAACCUGAAAGUAUACAUAACGGGAUUGUAUUCAAUGUCGUGAAGAAGGACGGACUAGCUCCUCUUGCACAUGGGGCUAAUGGUUCCGAAUAUUUCCACUCUUCAUCUGAGAGUCCAGUAGAGUGUGUGCAAGAUGAAUGUAUGAAUGAAAGCACAGAAUCCGAAUGUCAUGACAAUGAUGAGACCGUCUAUAGCUGCCAUACUGAUAUGGUUUUGCCUCAUUCUGAGGAUCCUUCAGUCUCGGAUGAAGGUAAACGUGAAGUUUUGGGCAGCUGAGAAUUGAUGGAUUUCAUUCAUGUAAUUUGGUUUUCUGUUUCUGUGAGUAGUAAAAUUUGGGAACUGACAUCCCCUUGGGCCAAAGAUUAGCUAAUCCACAUGCAAAGUUUAAAUUCGAAGCUGACAACGCAAAGUUUAGGUACUGUAUAUAAAGUUACUGUAUUCAGGAAACUGCUUAAUACUUGCAAACUAAUACUACUGCCCUGUAUUGUGCUUUGUUGUAA